GUUGCUGUCCUUCCCAGUCGGUUCCUCGCUUUCUCCCUCGUUGCACUUAGGGUUCUUGGUCUGAUAGUUCUCGCGCCGAAGGGUCAACCAGCCCAAUCAGCUCGUCACCACCUGUCCCCUCUACCUUUGAUGGCAAAACCAGGUUACUAACAGUACAGCUCCCUCAAGCAAACCUAGGGCCGUGUACGGAGUGCCCGUCCACCUUUCUGAUGACGUCGGCCUCCGCGCACAAAGAUGAUAUGGGCAUUGCUGCUUACACCGACGGCCUGGAGGGCGGCGCAUCUGCACCUUUAUACCUGACGCACCAGUGCCGACCCAACUCCACCACUACGCACGCCUCGCGGCGGGUGCGCCGCAGCAAGAAGGUAUCGGUCCCUUGA